GUGGGGGCUGGUUGAAAUACCCCCUGAGUUUGUUCAGUUUGGAGGCUGAUGCAGAGGUAGCGACCUGCUUUCUUUGCAGCUCGCCUGUAUAACCCGGGGGCGUUUUCAUUUGCACCCCCGUUGCCUUUUCCUGGCAACCCGGUUGCAUUUCCAAUCGCAGCUGCUUCCCCUCCUUUGCACCCCUCUCGUCCCCUUCUUUUUCAAGUCACUCUUUUUGGGACACUGGGUUUAAACCCGAAAAUGCACUGCUAUCUCCUGAGCGUGGUGCUCACCCUGGAUCUGGCCACGGUGGCGCUCAGCCUGUCUACCUGCAGCACCCUAGACAUGGAUCAGUUUAUGCGCAAGAGGAUCGAGGCGAUCCGAGGGCAGAUCCUGAGCAAGCUGAAGCUCACCAGCCCUCCCGAAGAGUACCCCGAGCCCGAGGAGGUACCUCCGGAGGUCAUCUCCAUCUACAACAGCACCAGGGACCUGCUGCAGGAGAAAGCCAACCACAGAGCCGCCACUUGCGAAAGGGAGAGGAGCGAUGAGGAGUAUUAUGCCAAAGAGGUUUACAAAAUAGACAUGCUGCCUGUUUUCCCCGAAAAUGCCAUCCCACCAAACUAUUACAGCCUUUACUACAGAAUCGUAAGAUUUGACGUCUCAGCGAUGGAGAAAAAUGCUUCCAACUUGGUGAAGGCAGAGUUUAGAGUUUUUCGUAUGCAGAAUUCAAGGGCACGGGUAUCUGAACAACGAAUAGAACUGUAUCAGGUUGUUAAAUCCAAAGAACUACCUUCGCCAGGACAGCGCUACAUUGAUAGCAAGGUAGUUAAAACAAGAGCUGAAGGAGAAUGGCUGUCUUUUGAUGUCACUGAAGCUGUACACGAAUGGCUCCAUCACAAAGAGAGGAACUUUGGAUUUAAGAUAAGUUUACAUUGUCCAUGCUGCACCUUCGUGCCUUCAAAUAAUUUUAUCAUCCCAAAUAAAAGUGAAGAGCUAGAAGCAAGAUUUGCAGGUAUUGAUGGCUCCUCCAGUGAUGAGAAAGCUUUCAGGUCCAAUAGGAAAAAAUACAGUGGGAAGACCCCACAUCUUCUGCUAAUGUUAUUACCCUCCUACAGACUUGAGUCGCAACAGCCCAGUCGGCGGAAGAAGCGUGCUUUAGAUGCUGCCUAUUGUUUUAGAAAUGUGCAGGAUAAUUGCUGCCUGCGUCAACUUUAUAUUGACUUCAAGAGGGAUCUUGGCUGGAAAUGGAUUCAUGAACCUAAAGGGUAUCAUGCUAAUUUUUGUGCAGGAGCCUGUCCAUAUUUAUGGAGCUCAGAUACUCAGCACAGCAGAGUACUCAGUUUGUAUAACACCAUAAAUCCAGAAGCAUCUGCCUCUCCAUGCUGCGUGUCCCAGGAUUUAGAACCCCUCACCAUCCUGUACUACAUUGGCAAAACACCCAAAAUUGAACAACUUUCCAACAUGGUCGUAAAAUCUUGCAAAUGCAGCUAAAAGAUGUCCCUGAAACAGCAAUAAACAAAUGCAUAAAAAUAACCAAGGAAGAAAGAAAAAGAGAUUAAGAAAGAAAAAAGA